UGUAGUGGCCUGUCCGCGCUCGCGAGAAUAACUGUUGAAAACAGUUAUACAUAAACGUAUCUAGUUAUAAUAUCGAUUGUGUAUCGAGUACGGACUAAUUUAUCGCGACGAUAAGAUAGAGAGAGUUACAAGUAAACCGAAACAUUUUAUAUAUUAUCACAGCUGUGCGUUCACAUUUUUAAAGAAUUUUGUAAGUUUUAAGUAGUUAUAGAUAUAUCGUGCGGUGUCUUGUAAAGGAAGUUCAAGUCCAACGACCUUGCGAAUCGAGACAUACAGACGUAAUAACGAAAUAUUUCGGCGAACGUGCCCACAUGCCGUGAGACUGAGCGCUAUUGACAUCGAGAAUAACCGAGAGAAAGCUAAUGGUGGUAUCGUACGAUCGGAAGACUCGAAUCACCUGAGCCCCCAUUCACCGGUCCACGGCUGUCCGGUACAGUUCGACUACUACGCAGGAAUACACUGACUGCAAAUAUAGUUUGCUGUAAAGUGACGAUGUUUAUAAACAAGCAAGAGAAUGCUGCCGAUUAACUACGUGACCAUCGAUCCACGUUAUAAUGAGCCGACAUCAGUGCACGUGAGCUCCCACUCCGUUGAGGCUGUCGAGAAUCCACACGAGAAAGUGAUUGGUCUGCGAACACCGUUUGAUGAUCGAGAUGGCGAAGACUAUUUAGACUACGAUAGACAAAACGGUGACCAACCCAAGAAGCCGUGUGCCAUCGUAGUACUGUCCAACAUGCAGAACCCGAACAUGCAAUCACUGUUACGAAAAUACAGAUACGACGCAAAAGGUGUUUUGAUUCCGAGCAGCGUAAAGUACUUCAUCAAGUUGCCUCAAGGCCCGACGCCUGUUCUCGUGCCUUUGAACGACAAGGCCUUCUCGCCUUUAGGCGGAUUUGUAAGGUACUACAAAGAAGUGCCUCCAAUUCCUCAUGCCUGGUAAAAUAUAUAUUAGACAGCACAUAUUAUGUUAGCUUCUUAUAACUUGAAUCUUUCCUACAUAAAACAUAAUUUUAAUAAAUUAUAAAAAGUGCAAUUAGCACCUAUAAGCAUUGUCGACGUAAUUUGAAGCGAGUCAUUGAACACGUGUACCAUAUGUUGUAUCUCAUAACCCGCUAGCAUCAGCGAACACUACAAAACGACAACCGACGUGGGAACUCAGCCAGUGUAGAAAUUGUUCGACCUUGAUAAAGCAAGGGAAAUCAAAAUAAAAACUCAUAUCGUGAAGAAACGAAACGAAGAUGUUUACAGAUUUCUCAGUAAGAAAGAACUGCUGAUGUGGCUCCAUGAGCGGUCCAAUAACUUGAUUUAAUUAGGCCACCUCUUCAACAACCUAUAGGCAUUGAUUGGGAACAAGUGGUAUUUGAGAAGCCCGAAUGACGUCAAACGAAACACGUCUGUAUUUAUUUGAUGUUUUUAACAAAUUUUCUCUUUGAGUGUCAAUUAACGCUAUCCCAUCGGAUUAAGAUAACAGCUUCAUGGAAAGGAGAGCACUUAAAUUAUUGUACCCUUAAAAACCAAUGAAUUGUAUCGAAUCAAAUCAGUAAUAUAAUCCGACUAUCGAGAUUUAGCACAGUUUCUGAGACAGAUAACACGAGUUAAAUGUUGCAUAGGCUACAUUUAAUGUAAGGUUAAUUAAAUAAUUUACACAAACUCCUCUAGAGAUAUUAUUUUUCUUAAGCAACUUCCUUAUUUAACUGUGCUUGUAAUUAAAAAACUUUUGCUUGAUAAUAAACACAAAAACUUUCGAU